AUGGACACACAGGACCACCACAAAACUUCAAAUGACCUUCAGGAGCAACUUCAAGCUCCGGCCGAAGAAAAUUUGCAGCUGCGUGAACAAAAUGAACGCCUUUCCACCAAAGUGGGCUACCUGGAGAGCAGACUGGGCCACCUGGCCGGCUCCAACACAGAUCUGUCCUGCCGGCUGGUCCAGAGUGAAGAGGGGAAGCUCAAGCUAUCUAAGGAGCUUGUGGAGGAGAAAAUCCAGACCAACAAGAUGAGAGAGCAGUUUGAAGAAGAGACGUUUGAGCUGAAAAACAAGAUAUUGAACCAAGCCAGUGUUCUAACACAGCUCGAGAUGAAACGAGACCGCUUAUUCAGGGAACUCCAGUCUGCUGAGGCUCUUCUGAAAAUGGGAGAAAAGAGCGGCCAAGACCUGACGGAGGAGCACGCCGCACUGAAGAAGAACUACCUAGCUCUGGCCGAGGCCCACGAGGAGGAGCUGGCCCAGAGUGAGAAGCUGAGCACUGAGCUGCUGACACUGGCCCAGGCCCAGGACGCCCUCCGAAGGCGGCUGGAGGAGCAGCAGCAGAGUGUGAAGACAAGCACCCAGGACCUGCACGGGGAGCUGGACAGGGUGCGGGUCUUGAUCGGCCGCAUGUCACGCAACAGAGUCAAGCUUGAGGAUCUGGCAGCGUUGGACAAAGAGCAAAAAACUAUGGAAAAAACUCUACUUGGAAACCAAGAUGAGAUCAAAGACAUGCUGGAGAAAAUGAAGAGCAGCUACGAGGAGCAGCAGAGAAAACUGGAGGAGAAAGUGGUGGCAAUGGCUGAAGAGCAUCAAGAGAACAAGAGAGCCAUCCAUAACCGCCAGCAGGAACUAUCUGAGCAGAGUGCGGCCCUGAUGUGCUCUCAGAGCCAAGUGAAGGAGGUAGAAGAAGAGAACUCAAAGCUGCAGCUUCAAGUCAAAGAGCUGAAUGAGGAAUACCGUGCAAGGCUGGUGUGCUAUUUACGGGACUUAGCCGAGUACAUUGAUGGACUUGGAGAAGGUGAAAGCUGUUCGGAGGCUUCUGAGACGAGGGCACACGUGGACAGCAUGCUCCAGGAUGUCCGUUCCUCCUACAGGGUCAGGGAGCAACAGCUCGCCUACGCUGCUCGCUCAUAUAAGAAGAGACUUCAGAAGCUCACCAAGACCCAUGAAGCUCUUCUUAUUGCAUACAGGGUUCAGAGGGACCAGAUCUUAGCCCAAAUGGAGUGCGGCCUUGACCCCGGACCCCCCGAAUCCAGCUUCAGCCUGGAGCCCACUGAGCUCAGAGAUGAACCUGAGAAGGAGCUCCAUCACCUUCGCCAGGACAAAGCGAGGCUGGAGUGUCAGCUGCAGGCGGCCAGGAAGCAGGGGGCUGUCAUCAAAAUGUCCAUGAAGAAUUUAAGCCGUCAGGAGCCGGCAUGCAAGGAAUCCUGGUCAGACAUGAAGAAACAGCUGAGGGAGAUCACAGACUCAACACUGGUGGUCUUUGAGAAGGAGCGCGCCCUUCUCCUCACCAGGGCAACAGUUGCAGAGGCGCAGGUGUGGGAGUUGCAGGACUUUGUUGACAACCACCUGGGCAGGUAUCAAGAGAAGAUCACGCGUCUCUUUCAGAGAGAGGAGGCCGGGCGCUCACAAAGUGGUGCUGCUCAUACUGGUGGCUUCUCAAUGAAAGGCCCCCAAAGAAAUCCGGCCUUGAGAAAAAAAUGCCUGGAAUGUUUGUAA